CCUGUUCAUUAAGUGAAGAAAUGAGAUUAGGGACCCCUGAGGAAGAAGGAAGGGAAACAGCGGGGCACUUCAAAGAAUGGGAAAUCUAAUUAGACACAUACAUCCCUGGCCAACCACUCGUCCUUCCCUGGCCGAUAGAUGAGGGGGUGUUGGGCUGUCCCUGGGUCUGACAGGCAGUCAUCAUCUCCACCAGAACCUUUAUCUCCCUGGAAGCUCCCGAGCCAGACGGAACCAAAAGUAUCCAAAAGGAUGUACAUCAGAGGGAUUCAGCCAUUCCCACUCCUACCCCCCCCUCAGAACCUCAUGAAGUUCCUGGCUUUCCUGAGUCUGUUGACCUUGGUGCUGCAGAAGGCAGGGACAGCUUCUCUCCUAGGGGAGAGAGAAAGAGACGAGCAGAGCCCUGAGGAAGGUGACACUUACACGUCCCUGUAUGUGGGGAACCAUACCCUGAGCAUAGAGGACUACAACGAGGUCAUUGAUCUCAGCAACUAUGAGGAACUGGCAGACUAUGGGGACCAGAUCCCUGAGGCUAAAAUAAGCAAUCUGACUCUUCCAACAAGAACUAGUCCUACUAGCACUGUGGCUCCGAGGACAUUGUCACCAAACCUCACGAUGGCCGUACCUACCACCACUGGCCUUCUGAACUCCCAGAGCAGUCAUGGCCUGCCUACCUGCCUGGUCUGUGUGUGCCUUGGCUCUUCUGUCUACUGUGAUGAUGCAGACCUGGAGAACAUCCCUCCUCUUCCCCAGAUGACCACCUACCUAUAUGCUCGCUUCAACCACAUCAACCACAUCCAGGCUGGAGACUUCAAAGGGCUGACAAAACUGAGAAGGAUCGACCUCUCUGGCAACUCCAUCUCCUCCAUCCACAACGAUGCCCUCCGCCUGCUGCCUGCCCUGCAGGAUCUGAUCCUUCCAGAGAACCAGCUGGCAGCCCUGCCUGUGCUGCCCAGUGGCAUUGAGUUCCUGGACGUCCGCCUGAAUCGGCUGCAGAGCUCGGGGAUACAGCCUGAGGCAUUCGUGGCGCUGAAGAAGCUGCAGUUUCUCUACCUGGCCAACAACAUGCUGGAUUCCAUCCCUGGGCCUUUGCCCCUUAGCCUGCGCUCUCUGCACCUGCAGAAUAACAGGAUCGAGACCAUGGAAAGCGACACCUUCUGUGACACCGGGGAACACAGACAUGAGCGCCGGCAGCUGGAAGACAUCCGCCUGGACGGGAACCCCAUCAACCUGAACCUUUUCCCAGAGGCCUAUUUUUGCCUGCCACGGCUCCCUGUGGGCAACUUCAUCUAGGGCCAAGGCUCUUCUCUCCCCGGAUGGUGCGCAGAGGCUCACUGAGGGAGCACUAUUUACCUGCACCCAGAAAGUCAUCUGUAGCCCAAGUUCCAGGAAGCCUGUGAGCCACAGCUGCAAAAUUGCACAGCACACACAGAGAGAGACAGAGACAGACAGACAGACAGGCAGGCAGACAGACAGAUAGGUAGAUAGACACAGACAGACAGACAGACAGACAGAGCCUUCAGCCACUUAAUUUGCAUUUCGCCCUCCUCUUUUCCUACACCUUAUGGUUCCUGACUCAGAGAACAGCAGCAUCCACAGCAGAGAUCUUUUCCACACUCUCCACACCCAUCUUCCCACACAGAAUUCCAGGAGAACCAUGAAAGAAAGGGAUGGAAGAGGAGGCAGCGGAGGGAGGGACAGAAGCUAGGAGGGAGGGGAGAAGGGAGGGGAGGAGGGAGGGGAGGAGGGAGGGGAGGAGGGAGGGGGAGGAGAAUCAUCAGUGUGCUGAAGCCUGGUCUUUCUGACUGGUAGGCUGACAGGACUGAUAAUUACAUUUUCCAGAAUUUUGCAGUUCAGUUGUUAAACACAGCCAUUAUGAAAAAUUAAAUUAUAUAACCUUGCAGUUAAA